AGUCAUGUCUUGGAAACAACUAAAAAUCAUUUAUUUAUUACAAAACCCAAAGCAGAUGAACAUGAGAACACUAAUACCGCUGCUUAUUAUACCAUCAUGGAGCCCAAAAUGGCUUCCUUUGGUCAUGGAUUGCUCAUUGAGAAAUCAGAAGAAGAUGUUAGUUUUAGAAUAGUACAAUUUGAUGGGGCCUUACCAAAUGGCUUAAAUCAGUUUUCAAAAUCUUAUCCUCAGGAUCGUUUUUUCAGCUGUGAUAUAUGUGAAAAAAUAUUUCCAUCCACCAGCAUCUGGCUGCAACAUAACAGGUACACACACAAUAGGACAAUUAACACAUUUGAGAAUCUUCCACAUAGUUCAGGCAAUAGGGAAGAACAUGUCUGUCAGUUUUGUUGCCAGAGAUUUCCAUACAAAUUUAUGCUGGACAUACAUAUUAAACGUAAACGUCACAGCGAUGUAAAAAGUUUCAGGUGCACCCUGUGUCGAGAAGGAUUCACAACGCAUAAAGAUAGAGAAGAGCAUUGGAUGAUGUCACAUCCUGCCCGCAGCUGUGCUUUGUGUGGGAAACAGUUUACCAACAUUGUUAUGCUCCGCCGGCACAUAAACAAUAACUGCCAUGGGGCAAGGUUCAGAAAACGUCCAGACACAGUGGAGAUGAGCGCGGAAGAUAACAUGGUCAUCUCUGAUUUGAGAGUAAAGUCUUCUGUGGAGGAAAUUCAUGAAAAUGACAGUGAUGAAGAAAAUCCAGAUAUUACUCCCAGGGAGACAGAAGCAGAGGAUGAGGAAGAUGAAAAUGAUGAAGACUAUGAAUGCUCAAAACAUUUCAAUGAAAAAGUAAAAUGCAGCACUUGUGGCAUAGAAUUUUCAACAUUCUCUGGGCUCUGGCACCAUAAGCUUGAGAGCCACAAAGAAUUCUAUCCCGAAGGGUUGAAGGAAAUACUGCAAGAUAAACUAAAGAGAAAUCAAAGUAUGUUACUUAAUGCACAUGAGGCAGAAACCCAAAAGAUCUCCGAUCAAAACAAAAAUAGGUUUUUUGUUAUAAUGCGCCCUGAAUGGCCACCAGAAAAGCCAAAUUUGACCGUUAGUAUAGAGGAUAAAGAAUUUGUUUUCAAAUCAAGAACCGUGUCUGCAAAAUCAAUCACUGUCGAUGCACUCCCUCAAAACAGCUAUGAUGAUGCGCCUUUUCAGAAAGAAACCACUUUUGAAUGUGUAGAGUGUGGGGAAAUAUUUCAGUUUGCCAGUAACUACAGAGAGCACAGAAGCAGAGUGCAUGGGGAGUGCUUUGAAAUUCUCAGGCUGCUUGGUGCUUUCCAGUGUACGCUGUGCUCAGAAACAUAUCCCUGCCAGUUUAUGCUGGAUAAACAUAUGAAGAGACAUGUUGGCAAAAAAAUUUUGCCUUGUACUUUAUGCGGUGUGUACUUUCAUAAAAUCCAGGACAGGAGAUUGCAUUGGAAAACUGUCCACCCUGGGAUUGGUUGUCCCAACUGUGGAAAGAUGUAUGCCAGUAUCAAAUACUUGCAGAAGCACAUUUCUCUCAACUGCCAGGAUCACUUCCCACCUACAAAAAAGUUUCUGGAGUUUCAGAAGAAACAGCACAGCGACUUUGAGAUGAGCAAAAACGAGAAAAAGGUUGAAAAAAAGAUAAUUCGAUGCCACUUAUGUCCGAAAAUGUGCAGCUCUAUUCACGGAUGGCGCAGGCACAUGUCCGAAACUCAUGAGGAUGCUGGAUUUUCAAAGCUCUCCAACACUUGUAUCAUCUGCAAUGAGCUGGUUUAUGGGUAUAAAGCUUUAGAGAAACACUUGCUUCAAAACCAUGCUGAAGACUCUGGUUUACCUGUUGAGGAAGAGGAGGGUCUAGUUGAAGAGGCUCUGAAAAAAAGUGAGAUGGAUAUCGCAAUGUAUAGGAAAGCAGGGGCUUCUAGCACUGAUAUAUACCAAGACGAGGAAGGAAAUUACCACUGUCCCUCAUGCUCCAAGACACACACAGAUGUCAGGGCACUGAGGACCCACAUCAAGACCCACAUUAACAUGAAACUGGAGUGCACCAUCUGCAAUAAAAAUUUCAAAAAUCCUACCCUUCUCAAACAGCACGUCCAGCGCCACCGCAAGGAUGCCGUUUACAUGUGUGACACUUGCAAUAAAAAGUUUCUCACCCUUCAGAAGUUGAAUAAACACCGCAAGGUCCACCACAGCAGUGGUAACUUUGUCUGUGAACUCUGUGGCAUGUCAUUCGCUCUCAACGAUUACCUUCAGAAGCACAAACGAUGUCAUUCUGACAAACGGCCGCACUGUUGUACCAUCUGUGGCAAGAACUUCCGCACCAAACCUGAACUGCGCGUGCAUGUCCUGAUUCACACAAGAGAAACGCCUUACAAAUGUCAGUAUUGCAACCGUGGAUUUUCUCAAAGGGGGAACUACCGUGUUCAUUUGGCGCAGCACACAGGAGAAAAACCAUACCAGUGUGAGCAGUGUGAUAUUUCAUUUGCUCUUUUAUGCCAUCUCAAACGCCAUAAGAUCACACAUGACCAGAAGAUUAAUUAUCGCUGCAUCUGGUGUGAGAAGGAGUGCACGCAGAGAAAACACAUGCAGCUCCACGUCCAAAGGGUCCACAAAGAAGACUUUUAUCAGUAUGAAGAACAAAUGAAGCUCGAAACACCUGUUCCUAUUCAUCCCUCUCAGACAAAGCUGUACAACCGGAAGCUGGGAAAGGCGAGCAAGGUCCGCAGACAGUACCGAACAAGGGCCCAAAAAUGUGACGCAACCAUCCAGCAACUCAUGAAUGGCGUGAUAACAAAGUCUGAGGUUUUGGAAGAGGACAUGGAGACCUCCGAGGACAUUGUUAUUGAGCCUAUGGUGGAACAAAUGAUGAAGACAUCACAUGAGAGCGGGGGCUAUGAGAUACUGGUCAGCGAAGACCACCAAAACUAUGCCAAACACACACUGUCUGCUGAGCUGAUUGGUCAGGAUGCCUCUAAUGUUGAGAUUGUAAUGGGUGAAAACAACGAGAUAAACAUUAUUAUCAAAGACCCCAGUGCUCUCCGUGAUGUGGUGGGCGACCACCUAGAGGUCGGAUCCGUUCAGAUUCAUGACAGUCUCCAGCAGGCUGUUGAAGCUUUUGUCCAUCAUAACAGCCACGUUCAAGAUGAGGAGGGUCAUGAUUCCCUUGGCAUUGAAGAUUUAGACAAAAGUACAUAGUAAUGUCACUUGGUAUAAAAUUUGCUAAUUUCUGCAUAUUUUGAUACUGAUCAUGUUUUGUUAGUAAAGACAAAAUUACAUAGUGAUGUCACUUGGUAUAAAAUUUGCUCAUUUCUGCCAUAUUUUGACGAUGCAGGUACCGGUACUCAUCAUGUAUUGUUAGUAAUCCAUAAAAUUGUUAAGCCCCCCACUAUCUGUAAUUUAUUUAGCAUUUUAUCUAGUUGUACAAUAUAGUUAAGAAGAGUUAAAUGUAUUUAUCCAUUGAUUAAUUCACCUGCUUUUCUUCUGAAUUUCUGUAUUAGUUAUGUGUAAACAUGUUAUUUGUCAUACAUGGAUUAUGUAUGCCAGUACGGGGGUAUCAAAGUUUCAAAGCAACUGUUACCGGUAUAUCAAGAUAAGACAAAAUGUCAUCUUUCCCUUUUUUCCGCCAGUUUUUUUUUUUUCUUCAAAAAAGACAGCUGGUUCUUUCAACAUCUGCUAUUUGUGCAAAUGUGCAUAUGUCUUACAUGCAAAAAAUAGUCCAAUACAAUUUAUAUAAUAUGAUUUAUAUUUAAUUCUAUUAGAUAUUUCAAUGAGAAGUCCC